AUGAGCCAAAUCCCUGCAGAAGUGGUGAAGGAAGUGGACACCAUCUUGGCCAAUGAAGCCUUGCCAGUGCUGCAGAAAGUGGAGAAGCUGUUCAAGACUUUCAGUGGCAGUGGCUUUGGGUACAAGCAGCAUGUGCUGCCCAAGGAUACACUGACUCACCCUAGCAAUAGAGGGGGGAGUAUGCUGAAUGCUGCAGAUGUCUGGGAAAAGGGCCAUCGAAUGGUCAAAGUGGGUGUCCAACCUUCACUUCUCAAUGAAGGUGCUGUGGCUUUCGAGUUGGCAACAGAGGAAGGCAUGAGAAAGAGGCAACUGGAUGCAAAUGUGGCCUUGGUCAAAGCUUCUGGUGACACCCUGGCCCCAGUGACUUUCCAGGAAAGGUUUUUGACAGUGGCAACCAGCCACACUGCUGCCUUCUGCAAAGCAGUGGAGCAAGGGUUGAAAGGACCCCUGGGGUUUCCAGUGGAUCCAAAGCAAGACCCUGGGUUGCAGCAAUUGUGCUCCAAGGGCUGGCCUUUCCUUGUUUUGAGCAACGCAGUGGAAGUGAAAUGGCCCCAGCUGCCCAGCUACAUUCAAUCAGCUUUGAAUGCAGUGAACAACUCCUACCAGCAGAUGACUGAGAUCGAAUGUGACCCCGCUUGCAAGAGGUCUCUGGAAGCCAUUGCAUGGUUUGUCUCCAGGUAUGCAGGAGAGAGGCAAUGCCUAGUGAAGUUCUUGGCUCACUUCAGUAAGACCUAUGGGUCACUGCUUCUGGGGGAAGAGAUGAUGAAGUCCAUUGCCUACAUGGAGUUCAAAGGCUCUACCUCCUUGUACCCUUUCCUGAGGACAGCACUGUGGGCUUCAAUGAUGUGCAGCAACCGAUCCAGUGAUGGAUACUCUAAGCUCCUGAACAAGUCAGAUUGUGAGAAGCUGAAGAAUGCUGCUUUCAAGGCUCAAGUGGACAUGGCUGAGCAAGCUUUGGCAGAUGGCUGGGAAGUGAUCCAGAAAUCUACUGCUGAACAAGCCACCAAAUUGGCUGCCUUUGGGAGAUUGUGUACCAGACUGACUUUGCAUGUCUUGAAGAAAGAGAAGCAUGGCAGAGAACCAGCUGGACAUGAAAGCAUCAAUGCUAUUUGCACACUGUUUGCUGCUGAUUUGGCUGGUGGAGCUAAACCAAGUGUCAGAAAGGAAGAGGCCAAGCCCACUGUUGAACUGGAGGUGAAGAAUGUCUUGGCCAGUACACCUGCUGAGCUGGCACUGUUGCAAAAUCCGCACAUGAAGCAGGGCCAAUUGUACACAUGUUCAAAGGAGCAUGGAAACAAGAUUUGGACUUUCUUGGACAGCAGUGCAAGCAAAGUGAAAUUCUCUCACCAGCCAGUGUUUGGCCCAGCUGAAAGCAUUGAAGUGGAAUUUGAGAAGCUGAAGGAGUGGAAGGUGUGCAAGUCAGCACCUCCAGAGAAAUGCCACCAUUUGAAAGCUCUUGCACACAUGGCAGUUGCCAAUGGUUCUGCAAUUGUGGCUUUAGAGCUGCGGAAAGCACAUGUGCAGAAGACUUUGCUGCAAGUGUGUGUUGACCAAAUGGUUGGUCCUGAGGAUGUAGCCUUCAGCAACCGCCCCAACUUGGUUUGGUCAGUGAAGAAGGUGAAGAAAGGAGCAUUGAAAUUGUUCCCAGCAGGCACUGUCACCAAAGUGAAAGACACACCAGUUGGAGGCAAGCAUUACAUCAAGGCCUUUGGGCACCAUUGGCUUGUUCAGCCUUUCAAAGCUUUGACUGACUUCAAGAAGGGUGAAGGUGUUCUGGCUCCUUUCUGGUGGGUGAAAAGUGCUGACAAUGAGGGCAACAUGCAGCUGGCAGAAGCUACAGUGGAUGGUUGCAAGAUCCCUUGCUUGGUGAACUGCACUCCUCUGGGCCCUGAAGAGAUGCUGGUCCUUGAGAAGCCUGAAAAUGCUUCUUCUGCUAAAAAGCAGAAACUGAAGGCUUAG